AAUUACGAUUAAACGAUCGUAAUUAGUUUACGUAAUUAUCACCUAAAUGUAGUCGUAAAAAUAAAAAAAUAAGAUAAAUGAAAACAAUGAAAAUAAAUCCGGACUAAACGAUAACCUUUAACCUGCCUUCGUUCGUAGAGUUCAGUGGUUGCAAUCAGUAAAGAUGUCUGCGAAGCGGAGAGCUUAACAUUAUGUCUUAGCCAGCUAGCUUUGAAUAGCUAGGUUGCUUAUUUUUGUUUUAGUUUCAUUUUUAUUUGUAUUUAAUCCUAUUUUUAAAUGGGUUUAGGAGCUCUACCAUGAAACUUCGGGCUCAGUAUGAGAGGAGUCAUUCUAGUGAGUCCAGAAGAUUGCUGAAACUAAAAGAAUCACCAACUGUAAUGCAGACCAACUCAAACGAACAUAAUGCUCAGGCAGGCAACGGCUUAUCCCUAACUCUGCAACCGGAGUUACUAACCAGAACACCGGCGGCCGGUGGCUCCAGUCCGGCUGAGACUGGGGAGGUCCACGUUCCAAUAAAUGUCGCACCCGGCGAAGGCACCGGACGGCCGGCGUCCCGAAGGCCGAGACCUGGCCCCCACAGUCACUCCCACUCGCACAGCCACGGCCACAACCGGCCCCAUUCACAUAACGAGCCGGAGUCUGAUCCAGGAGAUGGGGAUUCGGAAUCGGGAGAACCCAGCACAUCUAUCUCCGAACUGCGUUACCUCUUUCGAUGGGUUCAAAAAAGUCUUCCUUUCAUUAUAAUCCUUUGUGCCAAACUAGUUCUCCAGCACGCUCUUGGUUUAGCUGUUGGAGUUGGCCUGUUUACAACUUUUCUUUAUGCAAAUAAAAUAAUUCAAAACCAAGUUUUUCUACAGGACCGACGUUCAAAGUUGGAGUGUGUAUGGCUGCUGGCCUUCCUAAUAUGUUCCACACUCCUGCUCUACUACACUUUCAGCCAGGAGAAACUGUAUUACUGCUUAAUUUUUGUGAAUCCAAGUGUCGAGUCCCGCGAUUUCUGGGAAGUACUGUGGACUGUGGGCGUGACCAACUUCGUCGUGAAGUUCCUGUUCAUGGGUGUGAAGUGCCUUAUUCUUUUAGUACCAUCCGCCCUCGUGGCUUGCAGUGCAAGGGGUCGCUGGUACAUGCUCACGGAGGAGUUCAGCCAGGUGCACCAGGCCAUUGUGCCCAUGCCAGUGUGGUUCCGCUACCUGGUCACCUACCAAGAGGUGGAUGGCGUUGCUGGUCUGACCCUGGGCAUCCUGCUUGCACUGGUCUACCUCAUACUGAAGCUUCUAGGGCUGUAUGGACUUUGGGGGUCUGUCCAGAAAACCGGUGGCAUAUUUUUGAACAAUGAGCAGAACGGUGCUGCAGCCACCAAGAGCCAGUGCAGCGAUGCCGGGGACCUGUGUCCCAUCUGCCAGGUGGAGUUCAGAGACCCGAGGGUCCUCCUGUGUCAGCACGUUUUCUGCGACGAGUGCAUCUCGCUGUGGUUCAACCGGGAGAAGACGUGCCCGCUGUGCCGCAUGGUGAUCGCGGACAAGGUCCACGCGUGGAAGGACGGGGCGACUUCCCCUUACCUGCAGAUUUAUUGAGGGAACGGGAGAGAGUUUAAAAAAUUUUUUUUUUAAAUAAAAUAAAAAAAACCUUUGGAGGAAGAAGAAAAAAAAAAAAACCACAAUCAACGUGUACAUAAAAUCACGAGGGCGUUCUGAAGUGGGAAAGCCGCGUAGCGUAGAGGAAGACUCGGCGCACUUCACCCGGGUUGUCACCGUCACGGUAUGUUUACACCUUCCUCAAAAAGUGACAACUGUACCGAUAGCAAUAUUCCAUUAGCUUCUUUUGCGAAGUUUAAUGACUUCCACCUCUGCUAACUCAAGGGCAUUACACACCGGGCCUAUUUAAGCAAGGGUGCAAAUCAAACCUUGCUUCUCAUUUUGUUACCUGUGACAAGACGUUUGAAAAGUUUUUUUUUUUCUCUCCUCUCAUGUCCUGUGGUGACAGUAAUUAUUUUAUUUACUUGUUUUUUUUGUUUGUUUGUUUGUAUAUAAUUUCUGGAAUUCCACUUGUCAUAGGGUGGGGUACCCUUUCAGUGUAUAAAUAUUGAGCACUUGCUGAAGAUUGCACCAAGUGAAACGUAAAGUGACUUUUGAAUGUAGUAAACUGGGCAAACAUUCAUAUGAUUCAUAUCAUCUACAAAUUUGCUAAACUUUUAAAAGUGUAUACCUUCUGUGUAGGAGGUGAAAAAACACUCUGGUAUUUGCUUCAUUUGAAGAAUUCAAAAGGUUUUUUUGUAUUAUGAAAACGUGCCGAUCAGACAUUUUGUAUUUUGGUCUCUGAGCAGUUGUAUAGGGUAUGGGCUAGCUUGUUCCAAAUGUGACCAGAGAAGAAUCCAGCGUUUUGUAUUUCCUUCAGGUUGGCUAGUUUCACCUCCAAUUCAGAAGUCACUGGACUGGGAGAAAGCUGCAUGGUGCUUUAAGCAGCACUUGGGUUUACUAUGUAUAUAUAACACCAGAAAUCUACACAAGCACCUCAAACUCAAUCAGUGAUAUUAUGAAAAUCAUCGUCGUCUUUUUUUAGAAAUUAUGAAGCCAUGGUGAUUAGGGCUUUGUACGUAUGCAGAAUAUUUUCAGGAUUAAAAUUAUAUUUUCAAAAAUGCCUCCUAUUAAACCAUUCACACAAGUAUGAAUUGUGCAAAAAAAGCGUGUAAGAGUUGAACGUCACAAUUCUGUUACGAUUUUAUUUUUCUAAAGUAAAAUCCUUUUAAAAACCAAAGAUCGGAAGAUGCAUCUAUUUUAUUACCAUGUUCCAUUGUGUAGUAAAAUAAAAAUGUAUUAUGUUUCACAUAUUUUUUUUCCUCACAUCAUAAAUAAAAUAUAUUAUACAUGU